CAUCCUCAUCACCACCACCCCUCUUCCUCCACGGCCAAGAUGCUCUUCAAGUCGGUUCUGGCUGCCGCUGCCCUGCUCGGCGCGCCUGCUGUCCUGGCCCAGGACUCCCUCAACUUCACCCAGGGCCUCAACAGCCUGAUCAGCGCCAAGAAGGUCGCCAUCCAGGGCAACUACAUUGUCGGUCCCCUCAAGAACAUCCGCAACACCGUCCUGACCUCGGUCCUGCCUCUCGGAGAGACUGGUCGUGGCCAGGUUGCUGCUGAGGUCGACAAGCUCUUUGACAUCUGGGCCAACCGCGACUCCAAGAUCCAACACUACGGCUUUGACGCCAUCCCCGUCAAGGACCAGAUCACCAAGAACUACAAGUCCUACACCAGCGAUGUCAAGUUCCACGAGGAUCUUGCUGCCCUCUUCCUGGCCGCCCGCGACCAGCACACCAACUACUACAUCCCUGCCCCCUACGGCUGUGUCCGCUCCAUCCUGCCCUGGUCCUUCGACUUUCUCCAGAACGACGACUACUGGAACCCCGUCGUGGUGGUCUCUGGCCUGGCUUCGUACGGCCCGGCCGUUGACCCCACUUCGUUCUUUGGUGCCGACCUGAUGAACCAGAUCAAGCAGAUCACCCCCGGCGACGAGCUCGUCUCCAUCGACAGCGUCGAGUUCGGCCCCACCUUCUUCGAGCAGUACCAGGACAAGACCCAGGGCGCCAACGACAUGGGCGGCAUGCGCAACUUUGCCAACAUCCUGGUCUACCGUGCCUCGGUCUUCUACCCGCUGCCCACCGAGGAGGAGGACAACCGCACCUUUGUCUUCAAGAAGCCCUCGGGCCAGCUCAUCACCAUCAAGGUCCCGUACUUUUCGCGCCUGUCCCUGGCUUGCCUGGCCCCCAUCCUGAACCCCCAGGCCACCGUCAACGACUUCUUGGGCGAGGCUGAGGUCGUCACUCCCAAGAUUCCCCAUAUGCAGCCCAACACCGACUUUUCCAACCCCAUCCUGGCCGAGUUCAAGGAGGUCUUCCCCGCCGGCAACGUCGCUCCCGUUUACCAGAGCACUCCCGAUACCAAACUCUCCUGGACCAUCUACAAGGAGAACGGUGCCAACCUCGGUGUCAUCUUCCUGGCUGACUUUGAGCCCAGCACCUCGGUUACCAACAUCGUCGCUCUGAUCCGCGGUCUCCUCGUCAACGAGCUCGCUGAUACCGAUGCCGUCGUCUUUGACAUCCGCUCCAACGGUGGUGGUGACAUCACCAUGGCCAACUCCAUUCCCCAGCUCUUCAAGCCCGACUUUGUCCAGAACGGCGCCCGUGCUCUGAUCUCUGACACCAACACCGCCAUUUUCCACAGCCCCGUUGCUCCCCUCGUCGCUGGCCCCCAGUGGAUCACUGCCUACGAUGCUGGUCUCAACAGCAAGGCCGAGUACGGCGACCUGGGCCACUUUGGCGACUUCAACAGCGUCAACCAGCUCGGCAACGUUUACCUGAAGCCCGUUGCCAUCUUCAACGACGCCGUGUGCUUCUCGUCGUGUGAUAUGUUCUCCGCCAACAUGCAGGACAGCCAAACUGCCUACAUCUUUGGCCAGGACGGCCAGACUGGUGGCGGCGGUGCCAACGUCGUCGAGCAUGCCUCGUACCUGGUUCAGUACUUUGGCACCGUGAACCACGAUGCCUUCAACGGCACCCGCAUCUUCAGCCCUCUGCCUUACACCACCUUCAAUGCUCAGAACGGCGGUCUCGGCAAGGCCGAUAUGCGUGUCGGAUGGAGACAGACCGUCCGCAACGGUGUCAACAACGGCGCCCUCAUCGAGGACGACGGUGUCUUCUCCGAGUACACCCUCCGCCCCACCUGGGACGAUCUGUUCUCGGGCAAGAAGGCCCUCAGCCAGUUUGACUUUAUCGCCUCCACCCUGAAGGACCUUGGCCAUCAGACUGGCCAGAGCAGCCUCUACUUCAUUGCCGAGCCCUUCACCCGUGAUGUCACUGUCGGCUCCACCCUGUCCAUCUCGGGUGUCCAGCAGGGUCUCCAGAACCUCCAGCUGACCGUCAACGGCACUGUCGUCGGCUCUCUCAACGCCGGCGCCUCCACCAGCAAGUCCAACUUCACCCUCAACUCCACCUACCAGAUUCCCACCGCCCUCAGCACCUUCACUGGCACCAUUUCCGGCACCAACUCUCGCGGCGACGCUGUCCUCAAGACCAACCGCCUCUUCCGCAUCGUCCCCUCGGCCAAGCUCUCCUCUGUUCCCUUCAACUACGACUUCCAGCAGAUCCCCAGCUUUGCCGGCAUCUACAACCCCACCUCCCCUGCUAGCCAGGGCUGGAUCCUCAAGGACGGCGCCCUCAAGAUCGCCGUCGAUCCCAAGACCGGUCUCUAUGCCGACAACGUCGACACCUCCUUCACCAUCUUCACCCAGCUCCCCGCCGGCAAGUACCAGCUCUCGAUCAAUGCCACCGUCGAUACCGAGGCCACCUAUGACUUUUUCUACGUCUAUGCCAAGAACAAGAGCGGCCAGGUCGCCCAGCUGCUCAAGGCCGAUGCCAUCUCCGACCACCAGCCCCGCCCCGUCAGCCAGACCUGGGCCAUUGACGACUCGGUUGCCGAGAUCAUCCUCGAGUUUGUUUCGGACCCCGGAACUGAGUACACCGGUGUCACUGUCUCCAAGAUCGCCAUCACCGCCGCUGCUCCUUAAAUGCGCUCUCCAUCUAUAUUCCUAGAGCCCAAAGGUUGAGCAGGGGCUGCAUGGGAGGGUGAGACUCGAUUCCUCCUCUGCACUCCGCCCUCCGACUCACUCACAGGCCCUUCGAGGCCUUAAGGUUCCCCCUGUCGCCCUACAGUCCGUCUAUAUCUAUGUAGAAACUUGCCCCUCCCAUCGCCGCUAAAACGCGUUCGAUAAUGCUAUGCUUUUGUCCAAUUCUAUGGCUCCUGCCGCUCGACAAAUAUGAAUACAUCAGCGAU